ACUUGCCUUGAUUACAGAUCUAAUAUUUUAUAUUGAAAGUUUGUUCAUGAAACAUACAAAACCUAAUGGAUAUUCUAAUGCAUGAUAUGAAAAAGUGUAGUGUUGUGAUGCACAAACUGCCUGAUGAUGCAGUCAAGAGGCAGUCUGGACUGAACCUUCAUCAAGUACCUGUUGCUGUGUGCAAAGUUGAGUCUCAAGCCACAGACGCCAGUGGCUCAUUUAUGCUACCAGAUAUGGUUGCAGCUAACAUCAAGCUUGAGCCUGUGGAUAAAGAGGAGGCUUUAUCUGUGAAGGAUGAACCUGUUGAUGUUGAUGAAUAUCAGCAAACUCCACCUUCCUCAUCUGGUGUGCCAUGCAAGGAGGAAGCUCAAGUUGAGGCUCGGGACGCCCACCAACGUUCCUCACAGGACGCUGCUGCUGUGUCUGAGGAACAGUGCACGGGAAGAGGACAGCAUGCACCUGCAGGAGCUCCAGAAGAGGGAGGUGGCUGGAGCGGUAGCUCUGAAGCAUCUAGCUCGAAGCUGCCUGCCAAGAGGUCAAUGUAUUCUCUUGAAGACGUAUCUGGCACACAAAUGCGGCAAAAUCUUAUGGAUGAGCAUUCAUCCUUGAAAUGUGAAAUUAAUUUUAAUAACAGUCAACAUAAACAUAUUUGGCAUAGGCAUCCUGGGAAACUCUUUCACUGUUGGGCAUGCAUUUAUUCUUGUGUAUCUGAAAGCAUGCUUAAGAGGCAUGUUCUUUUGAAGCAUAGAACUAAUAAACCUCUAAGCUGUUCAGAAUGUGAAUACUAUUGUGCACUGAAAAGCCAUCUGGACACCUCAAAGAGCAAGAGUGAUAACAUAGAGGAGAUAUGGGAGCAGCAGAGAAAUGCCUACACAAAGGCGGCAGAGGAGGUGCUUGAGUACAAGAAAGGGGUGAACAAACCAUGGACCAGCAGCAAUACCUGGAGGCUGAUUGAUGAGAGAAGAACUGCCAAGACACUGGUUGAAAGUACCCGAUCAGAAAGAAUCAAAAACAAAAUGAGAGAAGAGUACAGAGAAAAGGACAGGGAAGUGCAGAGGAGCAUGAGAGAAGACAAAAGAAGGUGGAUGUUGGAAGAAGCAGAGAGAGGAGAAAACGGAUGGCAAAAAGAAUUGUACAGUAUCGUGAAGCGGCUGACAGGACAGAGUACCAUCACCAGACCAACUGUUGCAGUAAAGAGUGUUCAUGGGGAGCUGCUGAAGAGCAAGGAGGCCAGAAUGGCGAGACAGAAGGAACAUUUCCAGGAAUUUCUCAACAGAGAAGCACCAGAGGUACCACCACAGGAGAAAGGGGAGGAAGGACAGGAGCUAAAAUCCCAGUUGAGGCACCAGAUGUAGAGGGAAUAAGGGCUGCACUGAAGACUAUCAGGAAUGGAGGUGACCCUUGGGCAGACCAAAUUUCAGCCGAAUUGCUUAAAGCUUGCAAUGUGAGUAUUCUUGUGCUACUAAAAGUAAUCUGAAGAGACUUGUAUUACAAAAACAUUCUUUGGAGAGUCCAUUUCUGUGUUCCAAUUGUAAAUAUUCAUGUGUCACUAGAGGUUGUCUAAAAAUACAUGAAUCAUACAAGCAUUCACUGGAAAAACCUUUUUGCUGCUUGUAGUGGAAAUAUACUUGUGUCAUGAAAAGAAACCUUACUCAACACAUUCAGACCAAACAUUCCAGAGAAAACUUCAUUUCUGAAAGUUUGAUGGUACCUCACUAAGUAAAGAUGAUUUGCUGAGAAUUAUUUGUUGUUUAAUAGACCUAAAUACACCAUGACUUGUUACUAAGUUGUCAGAACUGCUGCACGCAUUUCUAAGUGUGUUUCUAAGAGUGUUACAUUCUGAUCACUCUUGAGGUAUAAGAUAAGGUAGUUAUAGGAACACUGAUGUAAAAUGAGGUUCUGGACAAACUUCCCUCAGGGGGUUUUCUGACAUGUAUCUUUGCUUAUCAGUAAUGCCUAUGGGAUUUUGCGUUCCUGGUAGACUUGUUCCUGAGUGCUUCACCGCAGAGCAUGCAGUGUCUGACUGGGUCUCAGUUGUGGGGUAAAGUUUGUUAUGUACCUAGGUAGGAUUACCUUCAUUUCUCACCUCUGUCCCUCUUGUGUGGGUGGCCAACAUCUUGUGUAAGCGACCUCUUGUUCAAGUGUCAUUGUUUAUGUUGCUUUUCAACUGUCCUUUGUCCUUUGAGAUGCCACCACUGCUUCUUUCAUGCCAGCAAGCUGCUGGACAUCUGAGACCUCCUGCCCUUCAUGGGUUAUGAUUAAUUUGAGACUUUAAAUAAUUGAAACCUACUGCCUUGCUUGCAACGUUACCUUUUGACUUCCGGUGCAAAAUAGCUUGAUAGUUGAAGCACUAGCAGGCCAUUCUAUUACUUAUUUACUAUGGAUUAACUGUCAUGUUCACUGCAUGGCUAACAGUCUGCUAGAGAGCUCACGCUAAGUGUACCACAAAUAUUCUGUUGAUUUAUAUGGAUAUAAUACAUCUGAAUCCUUAAUGUUGAACAAGGUUCACUUAUGAUCAAAACAGGCAUUUAAAAUUUAUAAACACCCCUUAGAUUUGUGCUAUGGAUAAAUUGAGCUAACUCAACAAGUAGCAUGAACCUCUAUUGUCACUAAUGUCACUGCAAGUUGCAUGAACUGUAGAACUGUAUUUUAACUAUUGCAAGCCAGAGCUUUCAUAUCAGAUGGCUAUCGCUUCAGACGUAUCAUAAUGAAUUUAAUAUUGUUAGAAUAAGUAGUUCUCUAGUGACUCGAAUUGAUAUCUUGCUCUGUCUUUUCUCAUGAAUGUCAUAAUAAUUUAAUUAGACCUUCAAACUCAUGAUCAUCAACCUUAGUAUCUGUAUUUAACUUUAUUAUCUUGAACUUGCUUACUUAGUUUAGAAUUAAUCAAUUUCUUUGUUAUAUAAUUAUAAAAAUAUUUAGUCAGUAAAUUUUGCCAAUUCUCAAGCAUGAAUAACACUCGUGUAAUUUUUGAAUAAUUAAAAUCCAGUAAAUGACCAAGAUACUUUCAUGUUUGGAUCAUACUGUCUGAUAUUGUGAACUUUGUUUAGAGUGCCCAGUGGGUAACCAUUAGCCAGUCGUGCUUUGGCUUAGCACCAUUUUCUGUUUGCCGCUGCAGAGUUAACAGCUAAGGGGGAAGCUACCAAGUCAACCUUUGUAAUUGAAGUCAGAUAAUCGAGAUCUAAUAUUGCCAACAUUAUAACUGAAUCAACAUUUGUAUCACCUGUAUUCUUUUGAUAUUGUUAUCAUAUUUCUGUUCAUGUUGUGUCUGUAUUCGAAGGGCUACACCUAUAUGUACAGGUGUUGGUUGGCGCCAUUAUUCUUUGAUCCAUCAAUAAACCUUCUGAACCUU